AUGCGGUAUCUGAGUGUGGAGGAAGAAGCACGAUCCAUCGUGGAGACGGGCAAUCCUUCGACGACGGCCACGUUCGGCACUUCUGUCGACGCGCUGUGCAACAUGAUCAGGUCUCUGCUCAAUCUGGACUCGAGAAGAACGGUGAACUUUGAGAUGAUGAGGAGUACUGAGGAUCCGACGAUUGAGCAGUUGAUUAGCAGGACCACCCGAGGAUUCACAAUCAACCCGGCUACCAAUGUGAGAUACGCGACUCCAAUCAGAUGCUCCCCACUUUUUACAGACACAAACGCUUUCGGAAGUGCUCGGAGCGCAGCAAGUGCUCUCCCAAUGGUCAUUCUUCGGCAUCUGGACUACUGUCGAGUUCCUGAACAGUCUCGACUUUAUGCAUCUUUUGCAGCCUUCGGACAAACAAGUUCUUCUCAAAAGUUUCGCGAUGAAAGCCUAUCUUUUGGCGUCUGCGUUCAGGUCUUCGAGUCAAAGUAGCGAAGUGUUGGUGAACCCCGACGGAACAGAAGUCUACCCGACCUCAAUUCAGCAGUACGUGCUCUUCAAUAUCAUGUACGAGACUAUUUCUGUAAAUUUAGACUACCGCAGUGUUCCGUCAAUUAUGUGAAUCGGCUACAGAAGCUGUUGGUGACUAAACUAACAGAUUUGAAGAUAACGUCUGAAGAGUACAUUCUCGCAACAGUUAUACUCUUUAGCAAUUCAAGCGAGUCAAGCAUCCGCCCACCAUUUCCCCCCAAUCGCUCAUUUUUCAGGUUUAGAAGGACUUUCCGAGUACUCGAAGCAGAUCGUCUCCGAAAAUCAGCGAAAGUACACGAAAUCGCUUCUCGACUACUGUAAAAUGACGUGGCGCGACGAGCAGGGUCCGGCACGGUUCCACGACAUUCUCUCCGUGGGCAAUGUGAUGGCGAAGUGCUUCGAAGAUGCGCAAUACCUGGUCACAAUACUGCAAAUAUUUCAUCCGAGCUCCUACAACUACAAAAAGCUGUUUAUGGAGAGUUUGAAUAAAUAA